CGAAAAAUGGCGCCGACGUGAGCGCGAGCCCACGGCCACCGAAGGAGUCGCCGCAGCCUUAGUUGGAGCCGCCGGAGCCGCAGGAACAAGAGACUGAACCAGGCUGAGGAUGGAUGAGGAACCCUCGGGGCCCAGCCCGGACAUGCCGGCUACUGCAGAGCCCAGCUCCAGUGAGACCGACAAGGGGGUGUCCCCAGUUGUGGCUGCUAUAGCCAAGUCCUCUUCCAUGGAGGAGGAGCCGGGCCCUGACCGGGCACCCACACCCCCAGUGUGGGAACAUGGAGGGCCCACCGGAGGGACCCAGCAGGGUGCCUCCCCAGCCCCAGACAGUGGCCAUCCCCGACCUGGACACAGCCUUGGGCCAACCAGCACUGUCUCCAAGACCAGUGAGGACCUGCGGCCUCCCAGACGACGCCCACCACCAGGGAAGCAGAUACCAUGCUCCAGCCCAGGCUGCUGCCUCAGUUUCCCCAGCGUUCGAGACCUGGCACAGCAUCUGCGUACCCACUGCCCACCCACACAGUCCCUGGAAGGCAAGCUCUUCCGCUGUUCCGCCCUGAGCUGCACCGAGACCUUCCCCAACAUGCAGGAACUGGUGGCCCACGGCAAGCUGCACUACAAACCCAACCGCUACUUCAAGUGUGAGAACUGCCUGCUGCGCUUCCGCACGCACCGCUCGCUCUUCAAGCAUCUGCAUGUUUGCGCCGAGCAUGCGCAAAGCCCAGCCCCGCCGCCGCCACCCCCGGCCCUGGACAGGGAGUCUCCGGCGUCCGAGCGCCCCCCGGAAUCCGAUCCUGCGCCGGCGCCUGGCCUGCCGUACCCGCUGCUCGAGCCGUUCACGACCCCUGCCCCUGCCCCCACUGGGCCCUUUCUGCCCUACCUGAACCCCGCGCCUUUUGGCCUAAGUCCCCCACGCCUGCGCCCCUUUCUGGCCGCCGCUCCUGGGCCCCCUGCCUCCAGCGCCGCCGUCUGGAAAAAGAGCCAAGGUGCAGGCGGCAGCCCGCGAAGACCCCAGGGCGGCUCCGACGCGCCCUCAGGGCACGCGGCUGCCAGCCGCAUCGUGUGGGAGCACACGCGCGGCCGCUACUCGUGCAUGCAGUGCGCCUUCUCCACGGCCUCACGGCCCGCCAUGACCCUACACCUGGAGGACCACCGCCCCGGCGGCCCCGCGGCCCCGGCGCCCGGGCAGCCGCGCCCCGACGCGCCGGCGGACCCGGCCCCGCUGGCACCCAAGGUAUCGCAGCUGCUGUCUGAGGGGGAGUGCCCGGUUUUCUCGCCGCUCUGA